AGAGAGUGGAGGUAAAGAGGGGGAGAGCGCAUCUGAGAGUUAUAAAGAAGGAAAAGGUAGCGAUGGCAGAGAAACGUAACUUGCAUUGUGUAAUCAGGCCAUACAAGCCCACAGAUAAGGUUGCUGUCAUCUCUCUCUUACGCUUUGGGAUUCUUGAACAUGUCUACCCAGCCUUCUUUAAAGCUAUGAGCCACCCAGACCACAUCGGCAUGACACUCAGCAUCUCUGUAGCCGGCUAUGUGCUCGGAGGAAGCUCAUACUUCCAGGCCUUGCUCUUCGGAGGAGCAUGGGCCAGUUUGGUUUAUUAUUGUUGUCACGAAAUUUAUGAUGGCUACCUCAAAAGAAAGCUGGAUGUGGAAAUGGCUGACAUUCAGGCCAACUUCCUGGAUAACCCGGUGAAUAACUUCUGGGUGGCUGAGAUGGAGGUGAAUGGAAAGUCAAAGGUGGCCGGGCUCAUUGCUGUAGUUGGUGUCAAGGGCAUAGUACAGAGCGACAGGAGCGAUGGAUGGAAUGCUGCCGCAGAGGAUGUGGCAUCUCUAGAGGAGAGUGCGGGGGAAGUGUUUCAAUUAAUUGUGUCCUUUCCCCAUCGGCGUAAAGGUCUGGGAACACAACUGGCAGAGACAGCAAUAGAGUUUUGUAAAGAGCAGGGCAUUUCCCGUAUGGCUGUAGAAACCAGCUCCCCGCAGAGCGCAGCUAACUCGCUGUUCUGCAAACUGGGCUUCACUGAGACUUCAGUCCACAGCAAGACACACUCUAAUCCUUGGAUUUCUAAACUGGCCAGGAUUAAUAUAAUACGAAUGGAAAAGCAUCUAUAAAAUAUGUUAACAAUGUUAACUUUUAAAAAAAACCUUGCAACAAUACAGAAAUGUUUAGAUGUAUUUUGUCAAUGUCAUUGGCUUUGUUCACACUGCACACAAAUCGGAUUUGGUUUUCAAAUCCAAUAUUAUUUAAGUGAUGACAUCGGAUCCGUUUGUUUAGACAAUACAGUUAAAGGAAUAGUUCACCCAAAAAUGUAAUGUGAAUUGUUAGGCAGACUGUUAGCCUCAGUCAUCAUGCACUUUUUAUGGUAAGGAAAAAGAUGCAAUGAAAGUCAAUGGUGACUGAGACUAAUAUUCUGCUUAACAUCAUGUUUUGUGUUCCAUGGAAGAAAGAAUAUCAUAUGAGUUUGGAACAUUAUGAUGGUGAGUAAUUACAGAAAUUUCAUUUUUGGGACCCAAUCCCUUUAAUAUUCACUAUGUUUACAUCGGUUGCUAUAGUAAUAAAGAGACGAAAUGAUGAAAAACAAAAAAAGAAAAAAGCCUUAUCUGACUAUUCAGACCAAAAAUCUUAUUUUAACUGGAUUUCAAACCACACAAGAUAAUAGCAGAUUUGUGUGGGAUAUGCCCAACAUUUCUAACUUUUGCUGCAUGUCUGAACAAAGCCAAAUUUAAACUCUAAACCAAAUUUUAGAAUUUUACCAUUUGGCCAUCCCUAUAUAAUUAAGACUGCAUACUCACUCCAAAGACAAUCAAGACUGCAUACUUGCUCUGGGAUCACCAUCAAGGCCAAUUUAAAUAAAAUAUUUGUAUUUGCUGGAAAAUAGUUUAUUUGCAAUGUGAAAUGAACACAAAGAGUAAAGGCAAUAAACAAUACACAUACUAUGGUUUGCACACCCAUCCAUUAGAAUAGUAGUGAUGUGAAUAGACAUUGUGGUGUAAAAAGGUUAUACAAUCUUAAAGCUACAUUUAGCUUUCAUUUAAAAGUUGAAUCUCAUUGCUUCACAGGAAUUCACACCAGCUGACCUAUAAGACCACACUAAAAAACUUAAAAUACCACUGAAAUGCAAAACCAAAGAAUGCGGCCAGAGGUUUAAACUUCUUUUAAGCACAAUGACUGUGCAUGUGAUCUUACUGUGUGGUUUUGA